AUGGCGCCUUUUCCUGUUCUCAUCAUCGGCUGUGGCGUUGCCGGCCCAGUCCUUGCGGUUCUUCUGAAAAGAAAAGGAUACACCCCGAUUGUAUUUGAGAAAGUGGAGCAGUUGGGCGACGUCGGGGCGUCUCUGAUGUUGAUGCCGAAUGGGUUGAAAGUGUUGAACUUGGUCGGAGUUACAGCAGAGAUCGAGAAAGAAUCUGUGCCUCUAGAGGGAUUUCUCGAUUGUUCCUCGGACGGGGAAGUACUCGGCGUCUCAGAAGAGCCCAAGUUUUUCAAGGAGAAAUAUGGCCAGCACGCAAUGGGCGUCAAACGGACAGGCCUGAACCUGAAACUCAAGGACAUGGUGAUCAACAUGGGCAUCGACCUGCGGGAAGGUUGGGAGUUGGAAGACAUUGAGGAGAAGGAAGACGCCGUCACAGCUCAUUUCAAGGGGGGCCGAAGCGUAACGGGUGCUUUCCUCAUCGGGUGCGAUGGCAUCAAAGCGGCUUCCAGAGGGAUUCUACUGAAGAACAAGGGGCCAAGCGAAGGUUUGCCCCUGUUCAGCGGACUUACUCAGACCGCCGGGCUUUCAUCAACGCCACAGGCGAUGAAAGGCAAACCUUACAUGCGGAACUUCUAUGGCGAGGGUGUCCACAUGAUCACGUACGCAGUCUCGCCCAAAGUCACAUCUUGGGCAUUGACACUGCCCGAAGAGACUCGCUCCGAGGCUUCCUGGGGCUUGAUCACAGCAGAAGAGAUGGACGAGAGGAAACGGAAAUUACUUGCUCACCUCGAGCUCUGGAACGACACGGCUCCUGCACAACUGAUCCAAUCGGCUCCUCGAAUGAUCAAGUUUGGGCUGUUUGACCGAGACGAGAUGAGACCCGAUCAAUGGCAUACAAGUCGCUGUGUGCUUGUCGGAGACGCUGCACAUCCGACAAGUCCGCAUCUUGGCCAAGGUGCUAAUCAGGCAUUGGAAGACUGCUAUCACCUCAGCCAAUCAUUGCCGGAUUUGGGUUUGGAAGAUGGCCACCAACGAAUCUUCGCCGAGCUGAAGGAGAGUCUGCCAGCAAUUUUCGAGGCAUACGCGAAAAAGAGGCAGCCCCGGACUUCGGCCUUGGUCAGGGGGGCACGAACUCAAGGCCAGAUGAGAGUCGUAACGGCUGGGCCGGAAGAGUGCAAGAAAAGGAACGAGAAGGUCGCCUCUGCUUGGAAGGAUACUGAAGCGGUAGCAGCCAAGUCACGUCCAAGAUCUCCCCUCACCACCCUGAAGAGUGUGUCUGAUCAAGGUAGUCCCAGACAGCUGGAUCUGCCUGGCUCUGUCGAAAAUGCUCUGAACACUGUUGGACUAGUGACCCAGGGCACUGCUAUCAAUCUCUCGCCAACAGGUGAACUCUCCACCCCCAGUCUCCCUUCACUGCCAGUGAGCGACCCGGCGGCGCCUUCCCACGUGUCGAUCACCACGAAUGCUGCGCUUCCAACGUCCCAGAUCCCUGGUGAUCCCCUACGCCCGUUUCAAGAAACCCAAACAGAAGGCUUGAGGCUUAUUUACAGACCCUUUAAUGAGCCGGAAGUUUCGGCGGAUGUUGUCUUGCUUCAUGGUUUAACAGGUGGGUCGGAAAAAACGUGGUUGGACGAACAGUCUAGGGUGUACUGGCCCUUUGAUCUUUUGGCAAAGGAUGUACCAAAUAUCCGGAUUCUUGCUUUCGAAUAUGAUGCAGACGUCACCAAGCUGCUCGGCGCCAUUUCGCAGUACAAUCUUCGCAGUCAUUCUGAAGCGUUGCUCAGUGAUCUGGCCGCCCUGAGAGAUAAUACUAACACGAAGUCCCGCCCCAUAAUAUUCAUCGUGCACAGUCUAGGUGGUCUCGUCGUGAAGAAGGCACUGUGUCUAUCUGAAUCCAGCUUCGAAGCCCAUCUCCAUCAAGUCGCCCAUUGUACCAAGGCAAUUGCUUUUCUGGGAACGCCGCAUCGUGGAUCUGAUCUUGCCUCGUUUGGUCUGGUGAUUGCGAAUAUUCUAAAGGCAGCAGGCAAACGAGUCAAUACAGAAAUCCUCGGACUCUUGAAGCCUGGGAAUCAGGUGCUGGUAGAUGUUGAAGAUUCCUUUGGAAUCUGGCUGCGCAACAAACAGUCUUUUGAUCUCACUUGCUUCUACGAGGAGCUAGAGCUUCCCGGCAUAGGCAAGGUUGUCCCCAAAGAGUCGGCAAAAAUAAGCGGAUAUAUACAAAUGCCAAUUCAUGCAAACCAUCGGGACAUGGCGAGAUUUGCGAGCUCCUGUGAUUCAGGAUACAUGCGGGUCCUUGGUGAGGUUAGGAGAUGGCUAACUCAUAUCCGCACACCUUCAAUAGGUUGGAUCCUAUCCCGAAAGUUAUUUGAAUCAAAAGUAACGGCUGCUCUACGCUCGAUAGCGUUUCCCGAGAUGAAUUCGAGAGGCGAUGAUAUAAACGACGCGGCCGCUGAGACCUGCGAUUGGAUUUUCCGGCACCAGACAUACAAGACUUGGCUGAGCCAGCACCAAGGUCUACUGUGGAUCAAAGGUAAUCCGGGCUCGGGAAAGAGUACCAUGGUCAAACAUGUGCUGAAGUCUUACGAACAUGGGAAUCUGACAGCAAGGACUGUUCUUCUGUCAUUCUUCUUCCAUGGUCGAGGUUCAGCCCUCCAAAGAUCACCGCUCGGUCUCUAUCGGUCAAUCCUCUAUCAAAUUUUAGAUCAACUACCAGAAAUGCUCCAAAAAUUCACAAAACUGUUCGAGGAAAAAGAAGACAACAUCGGAAAAUAUGGGGAGGAUUGGGGCUGGCUUGAAAACGAACUGAAGAAUAUCUUCGUAUCCUAUCUUUCACAAGCAGCCAAGAUAAAUUGA